AUGGGACCAGGAGGCUUCCAUUCGAUGUCCGAUCAACCCAACCGAAAAUUGAUUUGGGAGUAGCUAAGAAUUGUCCGGUUCACUAGAAAUUCUACGAAGAUGUCGCUGAGAAUUAAGGCGGUGGUCGAUGAGUUCGUGGAGAAGCUGAAAGAGGCGUUGGAAGCCGACAUACAAGACAGAAUAAUGAAGGAGAGAGAGAUGCAAAGUUACAUCGAGGAACGCGAGCGUGAAGUUGCCGAGCGUGAAGCCGCAUGGAAGGCCGAGCUCUCUCGCCGCGAGGCAGAGAUUGCCCGACAAGAGGCUAGGCUGAAGGCGGAAAAGGAAAACCUCGAAAAAGAGAAGAGUGUUUCAAUGGGAACAGCAUCGAAUCAAGAUAACCAAGAUGGGGCACUGGAAAUCACUGUAAGUGGCGAAAAGUACCGAUGCCUCAGGUUCGCGAAGGCAAAGAAAUGAGGCUUGUAUGAAGGAGAUGAAGAAGUUUU